CCGCAGCGCGCUGAUUGUUGUCAGUGGUGGUUAUGGAGAUGAAAUGGGACUGCGAGCUGUCAACAUUACGGUGAUGUUAGUGUGUACAUUAGAGGGAUGCCCAGGAAGAUAGGAUUCAAUGUGAUCAACUCUUCUAGUCAUGAGGACAACUUCAGUGCAAAGGAGCUCAUGGUCCAUGCUCCCACUGUUAAUGGGUGGAGGUCCAGCAGGCUAUGCUCAUACCCUCAACACGUCACCCUCCAGUUGGAAGAGAGAAGUAGGGUGAGGAAGUUGCAGCUGCUGGCUCACCAGUACCUGAUCCCAGCUAAGGUAGAGUUCCACAUUGGGGACUCCCUCCCUGAAGUCAGCAACCAAGGGUUCCCUGGGCAGCUACGCAGACUGGGAUAUGUGUCCUUGUCAGACAAUGAGAAGACAGGCUUCAAAGCUCGGGAGCUAAAGUCAAUCCAUGUAGAUGCCGUUGGGACCUACCUAAGAAUAACCUUCCAUAGGAACUAUGUCAAUCGUUUCAAUCUCUACAAUCAGGUUGCUUUGGUUGCCAUUAAUGUUCUGGGAGAUGCUUUGGAUGGCAAUGCUUUUAACACAAUUCCAAGCAGAGAGCAGCUGAUCGAACACUACCUCAACAGUACACAGCUGGAAGCCGCCUUGGACACGACAUUCAUGGGAAAAUGUGAAUCCAUCUCCCUGUUGGAUGACCUGGCGUUUGACAUGUACCAGGACCCCGAAGUUGCCCACAUCAUCCGUCUCCUGGACAAAAAGAAGCAGGACAUGGUCCGGCAAGAGAAAUUUGAGCAGGCUAAGAAUCUGAAGCAGGCAAUCGCAGACCUGCAAAAGGUGGGAGAGCGUUUGGCUCGAUAUGAUGUGGAGAAAAGAUGUGCCAUUGAAAAGGAAGACUACGACCUAGCCAAGAAGAAGAAGGAGUUAAUGGAGGAUUACAGGAAGAGUGUCUACCAGCAGCUGGAAGUCCACAAUCUGCUGGACAUGGCACUGAUCACAAGGGCUGAUGAUUCCUCCCCAGCAAAGGAUCCUCUCUCCCUCCUGCCUUCUCAAGCUCUCCAUUCAGCCACAGCCAAGCCCCUUGUGUCCACAGACACAUUCAAAAAGGGGAAAAAAACAAAUGCUCCUCAGAAACAACAGCCAGACUCAGGAACUGUUUCAUCCAAACCAAGCAGACAACCUGAAACGCCACACUCCCCAACUGCUUUACCUAAGAUAGAUGUAACCAGUGUACCAUAUGAUGAGAGGCCUCUGCCAACCCUUCAGAGGAAAGAUAGGCCCAUGGAGGUCAUCAGGAGUCCUGCAGAGCAGAUCUCCCCGCUGCUCAAUGCCCAAAUGACUCCACAGAGCCCUGAGAUGAGUGGAGAGCCUGAGCCUCUGACAGAGAAAGCCCAGAGAGAGGCUGGCCUUCCAAUAGAGAUCUUUGGGGAAAGUCUGGUUGCUGGGGCAUAUUCUAAAACUUGGUCCUAUAGAGAGGAUGCUCUCUCAGUUGUGCACAAGAAGCUUAUGGAGCUAUCACCCACCACCCCCAGGGAGGAGCUAAGAAACAUGAUAAGAGCUGCCACCUUCCUGGUGAAGAGGGCCCUCUUGGAUAAAGUCUCAUCUGUUUUUCACGCCUCCUUAAAGCUGCUGCAGCUCCUCCUGAGCCAGCUGAUCCCAAGUCUGGGGUUAGGCCGGGCUGAGAUGAACCACUGCUUGGAGCAGACUUGGCCCAACCUACUAGUCAGGACAGGAGAGUCAGCCGGCCGCCUGAGGGCAAAGGCUACUGCCUUCAUACAGGAAAUUGCUGUUUUGAAGGAUGUACGUGUCCUGCAGUUUAUCCCUGGUGAGCUAGUGAAGCCCUUUAAAUCCAACUUCCCUUCUCGUCUAGCUCAGAGUCGGGCUGAGCUGGUACAGAAGCUACUUGCUGAGCUUGGUACAGAGAACUCUGGCUUCACCCUGGACAAUGUCAUGAAUUUCUGUACAGCAGCUUUGGAGCACAGCGCAUCAGGGGUUAGAGAGCUGGCAGUGAACAUCAUCUUAUCCAUGUACCAGCAGCACAAAGCUGCUGUUCUCAGCUACCUUCCUUCCAAUGAUUCAGCCGCACGGAUGAACUUCCUCUACAAAACCCUCUUUGAUGGCUUUGCGAAGAUUGACGGGAAGUUGGUGGAGACACAGACUUUAAAAAAGGGAGGUGGUCAGCAGGAUGGGCAAAAAGAAAAGGAGGAGAUCCACUCUCUUCAGGAGCAGCUGGCGGCCUUGAAAGAGAUCACAGAGGGAGGGAAUGAAAGCACCAAAGAACAGCAGAAGAAAGAAGCUACCGAAGUUGAGAUAGGGUCACCAAAAGCUGGCAAAGCAAGUGACCUUCCAGCUGCUGCAAAAGUUCCCCAGGACAUGGUGACACAAAGCCCUGAUGUCCAACAAACCAUUGACUACCUGGACAACCUAUGCAUAUUCUGUGGUAAAAAGGAUGAGUCGUUCACAGAGGAUGGGUUGGACCUUCACUACUGGAAGCACUGUCCGAUGCUGAAACGCUGCGAUGAAUGUAGACAGGUAGUCGAGAUUGCCAGCCUCACAGAGCAUCUGUUAGGUGAAUGUGAGAGCAGAUCUAAGUUCAGCCAGUGUCCACGCUGCUCAGAGGCUGUAGCCACUGAGGAUCUGGCUCGCCAUGUCCAAGGUCCUGCCUGUAAUCCCCCCAUUUCUGGUAAAGGUUCCAACCACUGUCCUCUGUGUCACAACAACUUCCAGCCUGGAGAGGAGGCCUGGAAGACUCACCUCAUGGGCAGGGAGGGCUGUAAACAAAACUCACGCAGGACUGCGGUGUCCCAGAGAACCCAGCCAGCACAAGGCCGGGCUGUUGGUGGAACUAAGAUGAAACAGGCAUGGUCAGUUGGGGCCAGACCAAGGCCCAUGGGCAGAGGAAGCCGGAUCCCUGCUCUGGCACCCCUGAGCAGAGGACAUUCUCCAGGAAAGAGCUAAAGCUGAAUCUGAAGCAUGCUUAAGACCCCUCCCUCAAAACUGAGAGGUGAAAACUAAGAGACAACAAACAUCCCUGAAGUAAAUCCCCCUCACAGAUCCCAUGUUCCAUGCAAAUCAGCACUUUUAGCAAGACAUCAUGGAUGCAUCUUUUAAAGUAUACAUUAAAGCAUGACUGCAGUUUUUAAUUUAAGGAAGCAAUUAAUCUAAUAUAUUAAAAAAUCUGCCAAAAGGUGAAUACCCCUUUGUAAACUUGCACCACAACAUGUUGAUCGAUCCACUUGCUCGGGCUCUACAGAUGCUGUGGUCAGUGACAUAAUCCAUCCUGAAUAGAGACAGUUGGACUCACCUAUGUUAGAUCUCUUUGCUCUUUUGUCUAAAAGUCAGGCCCGUGGCGGCACACACCUGCCAGGCCAGUUAACAUGAGCACUCUGGGUUUACUGAUAUCUCCUUACAGGAUUCUCAAUUUUGAGGCUCUUAUUUUGCACACUACUUUUUUGAGCCUCUAUGGCAAAGGAAUGUACUGUACAGCUUAAAGAGAUUGCCCUUUUAUAUCUAAAUGACAGGGUUUUGGAUGUAUCAUCUGCAAGCCAAAGUGUAGACCUGGAGACAUCACUUGGAAAUCAUCAGGGUUCUUUUCUCAUACUUGGCAGAGCUACUUCAGAGCCACAGAUGACCUUUAAUUGUAACAUUUCAAUUGAUAUCGAUUGAUUGAAACUCCACAACUCUCUGAAACCGAUUUAAGUUUAAUUUUAAAAGGGGGUAUUAUAUGAAAUUACUGAUAUUAUUAGGAGUAGUUGUUGUUAUUGUUGUUUUUUGUAGUAGUGUAAAAUUCAGUUUAAAUCAAAUAUCCUCAGUAAAACCACAGAAAAAAAACUAUAAUGGCUUGUGAAGAUAGGAUGAAGCCAGGUCAGAGCUUUUCAUAGAUGGCCAAUGCAGUAUCAUUUAAUGUGUUAUCUUUCCCAGCAUUGUAUCAGAAGAUGAUGAUGGCUGAAAUAUAGAAACAUACACAAGAGUAUUUUCAUUCCUCUGGAGUGCACAAAAAUACAAACCUAGCUACAAAACUUUCCUCCAGCAGAAAAUUCUUCAAUCCAGAAGCCAUCAAGAUCCUGAAUGUAGCUUUAAUGUGGGCUUAGCAUUUUGCCAUCUGUUUACGUAUUCUUGUCUUGUAUUGAAUAGAUUGUACUGAAGAAAGAAAGUAGGACUUUGCCAAAGGGAUGAUGCUCCACUGCUGGAUAUUUAAUUGGGUAUGAACUUAAUUUAUUUUCCUGCUUAAUACCUACUGACAAUCUUAAUCUUGCAUAGCACAAUUUAAUAUGCUCAGUUGAGAGGCACAAUAUAUCUCUCAACUUAAUACAGCUAUUAAAGAAAAAAACACAGUAGACAAUAAUGUAUUGUAGGCAGUUAAACUUUAGUAGCACCUAUUUUUUUUAAGUCUGCCUGAUUUCUGUUGACUUUGACUUACACUGAAUCCAACAAACACUCCAAAGCACUUGAAAAAUUACUGCUUCAAACUCCAGUUUUAGGAACUCUGAUAAGAAUAAGAAAGAGAUAGAGCCUUAAUUUUACUCCUUCAGUGGAACUAGUGUUAUGACAAUAUUGAUUGUAGUAUCUGUUGUUUAUCUGAUGCCAAGAAGAACAGGAGCAUCCCUGAAAAGGGUCUGAGAUGGAUUUUGAUUAGAACUUACAAAUUGUUAUAUUACGGUGGUAAACUUCUUUAUUAGGGAUGCACUAUAUUGGAUUUUUACCAAUAUUAGAUAUGCCAAUAUUUACAGAUUCAUUAUAGGUAAUACCAAUAUUGUUACUACUUGAAAAAUGUAGAGAGACGCUUCGGUCCCUAGAACAUGCUUUGAAAUGUAAUGGAUUGGGGAUGAAAAGAGAAAAGACUUAAGCUGCGUAGUUCUGUUGGUCCAGCCUAAAAUGCCACAAACCAAUUGAACACAUGGCUGAUAUUUACAUCCAUUAAAGGCUGAUAUUUAAAGGCAGUAUAUUGUUGUAAAUAUUGGCAGAAAUUUUAGUAUCUACUCAUACAGAUAAUAUCUUGCAUCCCUACUUUUUACUGAUCUUCUUGUCAACACUAACUGUUGUUUUAGUGGAGACUCAAAUGCAAAUGUAUAACUGUGAUGUUUAAGAGUAAGCUUAACAUUUUACUUCCUUACUGAGGAUGUUGGCUUUAAUAUGCUUCUGUACUAAGGUCCAUUUUAAUGGUUUACAUUUUAGUUUUAAGAAGUCAAUAUUUUUCUGAAUAACUUUGGCAUAAAAUGGAUAAUUUUGUCUGUUAAAAUAUCUUUAUUUGUUUAAAUAAAGCUGUAUUAAGUUGAACAAUGGACUGGUUUCUGAUGCAGUUUUAGUGUUGAUAGAUAUCAGUAGAUAAUAGCUCUAGUAACCCUCCAUAUUGUGUUUGAAACAACACUCUAAAUAUGUAAAAUGAUAUCAUUUUAUCCCACAUUUUUC